AUGGCUCCCUCGUUGGACAGACAAGGAUACUGGGGGCGGCCCACUUCAACGCUCGACUGGUGUGAAGAGAAUUAUGUCGUCUCUUACUACAUCGCGGAAUUCUGGAACACUGUCAGCAACCUGAUAAUGAUUCUUCCUCCUAUUUGUGGGGCCAUCCAGACGUUUCGUGAUGGCCUUGAGUUCUGCUACAUCUGCUCUUUCCUCGGACUUGCAGCUGUUGGUGUUGGUUCCUGGUGCUUCCACAUGACACUGCUCUAUGAGAUGCAGCUACUGGACGAGUUGCCAAUGAUUUACAGCACGUGCGUCUUUGUCUACUGUCUGUAUGAGUGCUUUAAACAAGGGAAUGCCAUCAGUUGGUUUCCUAUAGUGUUAUUAUUGAUCUUCAGCAUCACAGUAACUGUGGUCUACUUGCAGUGGAAGGAGCCAGUGUUUCACCAGGUCAUGUAUGGUGCUUUAGUUGCUUGUCUUGUGAUCCGAUCUAUCUUCAUUGUUACAUGGGUUUACCCAUGGUUACGGCCUUUGUGUUACGCUUCCUUAGGUAUAUUUUUGGUAGGUUUCCUUUUGUGGAACAUUGACAAUAUCUUCUGUGACACAUUAAGAGCCAGUAGGCAAACACUGCCCCCGAGUGUCGGAGUAGUGACGCAGUUCCAUGCUUGGUGGCACAUCCUCACUGGUUUAGGUUCAUACCUGCACAUACUUCUCAGUUUGCAAAUCAGAACAACCUACCUCAAGUACAGACCAAAAGUAAAGUUUUUAUGUGGAGUUUGGCCGAUGCUGCAUGUUGAACAGCAAAAGAUGAGCUGA